AUGCAGAACUCGUCCGCUUUCAGUGUUGACUCGCUGAUGGGAAAGAAGACCCUCGACUCUAAAACGAACGAUGUGGAGAAAGAAAGCGAGAGAAAAUCGGCAUUUUCUGUCGCGCCACCGCUACCAAAACGGGAAUUUCAUCCUCCCAGUGUCUGUAACUGCCAGCCUUGUCAACAAACGGCUGUGUCAGGUUUUACUGCAAUGAGUCAGGCUGUAGCCGAACCAAGGUUUAUGUCUUUACAAUCGAUGGCUGGAACUGUAUCAGUGCCUGCUCCCGUUUAUCUCCCGAAAGGUGAGUGAAUUCUCAUUCAUAACUGAAAUUAAAUUGAAUUUUUAUGAACUUGAUGAAAGAAUUAUUUUUGUGAGUGCUGAACCAUACGUUAUCCAAGCAGCUACUGUCGAUUUAGAUUGUGGGGUGAAAUGUUCUUGUUGUUAAGUGAAAUCUGUCAUUUGGCUUUAGGGCUCUAUGGCCGGAAAGAUGUCAAAUCAUUGAGGAAUUAGCUAAUGUUCAAUGACCCUUUCGUCGUGAAAAGUAGUUGCCAACAAAGAAAAUAUAAUAAAUGUCUUCCAUUUUUACUUUUAAUAAGGUACGCUUGCCAUCCAAAAAAUAAAAAGAUCAUCAUUCAAGAUUUGAAAUAUGUGAUGGUUAAAAUAAUGUCAAUUGUUGCUCAUUUUUCUGCACAUUACAGGGCAAUUUGUAAAAUAAAACAGUACUCUCUUUAUGUGGUUUGUUCAACGUAUGAAUGUUGAGUAACACUUUAUUACUGUCCGUCUAAACUAUUUCACUAACGUCAUUAAUUUUCUUAUUCUAAAAAAACCUUUUGGUUUCAAGCUAAAGAGAAAAACUUGAACGAGGUGUGUGAUUGGAGAGGAGACAUGAUAGACAUUUUCGGAAGAUUUUCAAUUAUCGGACGCCUAAGAUGCCAUACGACUGACAUCAUUUUUGUUAAGAAAAAUUUUUUAUGCCUCAUUUAUUUCUUUUUUCCUUGCAAUUACAUUUUUGGAAUUUUCUUUUGGAGAUUUCUAUAUGAAAUCGAGGUUUUAAAACUGAAAGACUUACACUGAAAAAUAAUUGUAAGAACGAAGAUUGAAACGUGCUUAGUUUCCGAAGGCCAGCCAUUCAGAAAAGUAGAGUGGGCAGGGAAAAAAUGAUAAAAGAAUUAAAUAAUCCUUUUUGUUGCUUGGUUUGCUUUUUUCCGCCUCCAGCUUUCGUCUUCGGAAAAGCUCUUUCAGUAACGAAGACUCAAUGCUCUCGAACGUGUGAAAUUUGCCGACCUUUAGGGUGUGGUUCAUCGAUCUUGUGUGGGUGUCUAUCAUUCCCGUUCGGUUUUAUUGAUUUAAAAACCUUGGUGUGGCUUGCUCUUUUAUUCCACUCCGCUGAUGCUUUGAAUAUGUGAAGAGAUUUAAAACAAUUCUUUUAUCUCUUUCGAAUUCUGUGCUGCAUGUGAAAUUUAAUGUUUUUUUACCACCGAGUACAUUGUAAAGUAUUUUGGAUACAAAGAGAAUUGUUUUUGGUAAAGCCGGAAAUCGAUUUAAUCGGUUUCGAGGCAUUCUAAAAUCAUUAACGCUGAGUUUGGGCUUCUAUUUUUUUAACAGUAAUUUUUUUAUUAUUAAAAAAAACGCGAAGUUAUUGCUGCCGUUUUGUUAGACUUUUCAAAAAAUGGGCAAAUAAGAUUUUGUAAGAAAACAGUUUUGAUCGACUCAACAGAAACUUCACCGUGAAAAUAAACCUACACACUUUGACAAAAAGAUUCACGUCUCAAAUGGUCUUCAAUUAGACAGAUGUAGCACGCACUUUUGGGAGGGUUUAAAGGAUAUAUUUUCCAGUGACCAGGGAGUUGAGAAAAAUUAAUGGUUCAACGUUGCUCUGAAGAUAUGAUUAACAAAACCAAACUGAUUGCGCCGAAAAAGUUUGAUUUCCUUCUUCGUAAAGCGUUAACCAUGAGAACAAUUUUAAGAAAGACAGAUGACAAAGUGCGGCCGGCCCUGAUGUUUUGUUUUCGACCCAAGGUCAGGAGAAAACAGUUUUGUUUGUAACAUAAAUUUCUUUUGAUCGUGUUUGGUCGCGCAUUUCCUAAAAAGCUAUUUAUGUGCAGUGUGACACACUUGUAAACAAAGAAGCUUACACAAAAGUUCUCACCGAUAUAAUUAAGUGGCUAGCUUUUGUUGUUCGCUUGAGCAUAAAUAUAUAGAGAAGAAAAGUUGAAAAUUGUUAAUUGACUGCUCAUUAGCGAGUAAUAAAACAUGAUGUAUCAUACACGACUCGUUAACAAAACGCAACCUUUUACUCUUUGACUUGAGCAGGACAGAUUUUUGCGUUUGCUACGUCCACUUUCAAAUUGCAGAAUUACGAUCAGCUUAUUUUUUCAUCUUGGUCCAAAACGCUUCUUCAUUAUAGUACUUUUCAUGAGCCCUCCGGAAAUAAAGGUUAUCCCUAUUUGAACAUGUUUUUUAAUUCCCAUAUCACAGUGAGUUUUCAAAAACAUCUUUAAUGAAGGAGCACUUAUUUCUGCACUGCCCAUCUUUUCGUUGAACACGAUCCGCACCUUAUUAGUCGUUUUAUGAAGAGCUUACCAAAGCCAGUGACUUCAGCUGAUGGUACAUCUUAAAAUUUAAGGACACAGAAAAUUACAACUUUCUGCAAAAAAAAAAAAAAACAUAGCAAAACAAAGGAAAAAAGACAUAGCAAAACAAGAUAAACUGCAAGCGCAUGUGUCUUCCCAAGAACCUUGAAGAAUUUCUCUAAUAAAGAAAAAUUCUGGGCUUAAUGCUGGGAUUAAAGAUAGAAAAGCACCUUGUAAGAAACAGGGUAGGUUUUUAGUUCGAUCGUCGAAUGAGGUAAUUCGUGAAGCAAAUGUCGCCGGCCAUAGCUCACCAGAUCACUUUUAUACAACCAAUAAGCUGUCUUGGCGUGUGUGCAAGAGAAGGGGUACGCGCAAAUUACUUCCCUCUAAUAGAUGUGACAACUGUCUAUUUGUAUUCUUCUUGAUCCCGGCGUGGGUAUGAUACGAUUAACAGAGGGUAAGAAGUUUGCUCUUUCAAUCAACGAAGAGCCCAUAUGCUUUCUCAAUUUGUAACUUGUACAAGACUGAAUUAACUGAAAAUUUUGUUUUGCCAUUCCCUUAAUUAGAGCAUUACCAUUGAAUGCGUAAAGUAAUAACACGAUAGAAUUAGCAUAGGUUUGAAUGUAUAUCAGUGUGGCAGGAGAACUCAUCGUGCGCUGACUUUCGAUUUUUAAGAUGUUUGCUCCACCCACAAUAAUCUCAGUCGGUGCUUACAGUUCAGAACGCUUAAUGAUAAGAUCAUCGAUUCUGUCAUUGUUUCAUUCCGACUCUUUUAUUUUUACAUUAUCCUGAUAUCAACUUUAUUUUACUUUAGCAACUCCGCAAAGAAGAAAGAGAAAGGAGAGCAAAACACGCCGACAACGCACUACCUUCACCAGCGAGCAAACUCUCAAGCUUGAACUUGAGUUUCACCAAAACGAGUACAUCACUCGAUCAAGGCGUUUUGAGUUGGCUGCCUGUCUAAACCUGACUGAAACACAAGUCAAAAUAUGGUUCCAAAAUCGCCGAGCGAAAGACAAACGCCUAGAGAAAGCGCAAAUGGAUCAACAGUUGAGAAUCGCAAGUUACGCGGCCGGAGCAGGGAUCACAUACCCGCCAUCUUAUUUCAAUUAUUAUUCAUCCCACUAUUACAAAAACAACCCCACUCAGGUCGCAGGCAACAUCACUCAAAGGGUUGUAUAA